GCCCCUUUCUGAUGUCUGUGUCGGAAGCUUUGUCUGUCUCUCCUAUAUUUGAAUAAACCUUUGAUACACAAAUGUUCUGAGCGAUCCAGCCUCAUCGCUGCUCCCGGAAUUGAAAUCCUCCCAUCCGGAGGCCCAGCAUCCCGGCGUGUUCAGGGCCCAGCAACAACCUUUCAGUUUCCGGUGAUCAAGCGUCGUUGGCACACACAGAAGGAGUCGAAACCUCCUCAGAGCCGUCCUCUGUCUUUCCAUUUUGGGAGCGGACACGAGACAAGGGGGAAAGCACGCGACAUUUCAGGACUUGUGCAAGGGGGCAUUUUCAAGGCAACCACCUCCCUGCUUUGGGACAGGGGCCAGCAAACGCCCCAUGUGACUUGAGCCAUGUGCCGGAGCCCUAUUUGUGAAUGAAAAGGCUCCGUGUUUCCGGCUGUCUGAGAUCCCUUGGCAAACAUUACCAUCUCUCAAGGAGCACAGAAGAUCUUCUGUCGACAGGCCAAAAAAAAAAAAAAAAAAAAGGACGGACGACAGGCCCUCCCUACAGAAGAUCUUCUGUGCUAUUUUGCAGAUUGCAAGGCUUGCUGAGUCCGCGCACAACCUAACUUGGGGCAGGCAGGACCGCUGCUACUCCGGAGUCUGAAUCAGCUGCACAUGCGUGGACCGCACGGACCUCCUGGGGUCAGAGCCUGAGAUCACAUCUCCCGCGCGCGGCCCGCUGACCUCGGCUUCCCGGGCCCGGAGACUGCCCUGCAGGAAAUACAAGGAGAGAGGACAUGUUACAUCUGGAACACUCUUGGAGCUGGCUGGCGCUAGCCUUCGCUGCGCUUCUGGGUCCGAAACCCUCCGCCUGCGGCCCCGGGCCGAACAUCCUCCUUCUGAUGGCGGACGAUCUCGGCAUUGGAGACGUCGGUUGCUACGGCAACACCACCAUCAGGACUCCAAACAUCGACCGCCUUGCGGCAGACGGCGUGAGGCUCACCCAGCAUCUGGCCGCCGCCCCUGUGUGCACCCCAAGCAGAGCGGCGUUUUUAACAGGCAGAUACCCGCUCCGAUCAGGUAUGGUUUCCAGUCAAGGUCACCGUGUUCUCCGGUGGACAGCGGUCUCUGGAGGACUUCCGCCCAGUGAAAUAACUUUUGCAAAAAUACUGAAAGACAGAGGCUAUACCACCGGACUCAUAGGAAAAUGGCAUUUGGGUCUCAACUGUGCGUCUGCCAACGAUUACUGCCACCACCCGCUCAAUCACGGCUUCGACUAUUUCUACGGAAUGCCGUUCAGCAUGAUGGCAGACUGCGAGCGCUGGGGACUCUCCGAGAAGCGUGCGGUCCUGGAGCAUCGAUUGGGUGUCUGUUCCCAGCUCGUGGCCUUGGCCGCCCUCACGCUCACCAUCGGGAAGCUCACCCACCUGAUCCCAGCCUCCUGGACUCCGGUCAUCUGGUCGACCGUCGUGUGCCUCCUGCUCUUCACCGCCUCCUGUGUGGUGGGCGCCCUGAUCGCGCACGCGGACUGCUUUCUGAUGCGGAAUCAUUCCAUCACAGAGCAGCCCAUGCGCUCUCAGAGGACGACGCCACUCAUGCUCCGGGAGGUCUCAUCCUUUGUCAAAAGAAACAAGCAAGGACCUUUCCUCCUCUUUGUGUCCUUUCUACACGUCCACACCCCACUUGUCACGACUGAGAACUUCCGUGGGAGGAGUCCCCAUGGGCUUUACGGGGACAACACAGAAGAGAUGGACUGGAUGGUGGGCCAGAUCCUCGAUACUUUGGACACAGAAGGGUUGACCAACAGCACCCUCGUUUAUUUUACAUCGGAUCACGGCGGGUCCUUAGAGGCUCAGUCUGGAAACAACCAAUAUGGUGGCUGGAAUGGGAUAUACAAAGGCAGCAAAGGCACGGGCGGCUGGGAAGGCGGGAUCCGGGUCCCGGGGAUAUUCCGGUGGCCCGGGGUCCUGCCGGCCAGCCGCGUGGUCCAUGAACCCACCAGCCUGAUGGACGUCUUCCCCACCGUGGUCCACCUGGCGGGUGGCCAGGUGCCCCAGGACAGGGUGGUGGACGGCCGGGACCUGCUGGCCCUGCUCCAGGGGACCGCGGAGCACUCGGACCACGAAUUCCUCAUGCACUACUGCGAGAGCUUUCUGCACGCCGCCCGGUGGCACCAACGCGACCGAGGCGCAGUGUGGAAAGUCCACUUCGCGACCCCCGUCUUCCAGCCGGACGGCGCAGGCGCCUGCUACGGGCAGCUGGUGUGCCCCUGCUCUGGGGACCGGGUAACCCAGCACGACCCACCGCUGCUGUUCGACCUGUCCCGAGACCCUUCCGAGGCCCACGCCCUCACGCCGGACACGGAGCCCUCGUUCCACCGGGUGGUGGAGACCGUGGCCCGGGCCGUGGCGGCCCACCGCCGGACGCUCAGCCCGGUUCCGCUGCAGCUGGACGCGGCGGACAACACGUGGAAGCCGUGGCUGCAGCCAUGCUGCGGCCGGUUUCCCUUCUGCUGGUGCGAUCGGGACGCGGACGCACGAUAGGAGCCCGCCUGGGAAACCCGGCUCCCCGAGCCCCUGCAGGUCUUCACUGGCGCCAGACAAAUAUAAACCACCGGUGUGAAGUCAA